GCCUCUCUUUUCUGUUUGACACUCUUCUUCUACUUUCUUCCCGUUCCUUUCCUCUGUGCACAGAGAGAACUUCUAAACCUUCACCUUUCCAUUUUCCUCUUUCAAAACCCUAAACCUAACCAUAGCUAACAAUGUCCCCCAAAUCCAAAACCAAACCCAGAACUCCACCACAGCACCCUCACUUCAAGAACGGCACAGUCGUCGAAGUCUCCUCAGACGACGACGGAUUCCGGGGCUCGUGGUACACCGGAAAAAUCAUCAAGCGGGCAUCUUCUAGAAGCCCUAACAAAUACUUGAUUGAGUAUGAGAAACUCUUUAGUGAUGAAUCGGGGAAAAACCCAUUGAAGGAAAUUCUUGAUCUUGCCCAGUUGAGGCCUUUAGCUCCAAGAGAGAAAAAGAGGAGAUUUAGAUUUGGAGAGAAAGUUGAUGCUUAUCAUAAUGAUGGGUGGUGGGAAGGGUCUAUAACUGAAGAGUGUAAAGAUGGGAAAUUUGCUGUGUUUUUUAGAGGUACAAGGGAGCAGAUUGUUUUUGGGGAAGAAGAUUUAAGGUUGCAUAGAGAAUGGGUUGAUGAUCAAUGGAAACCUCCUUUAGAAGAUGAGAGUUUGAAGGAAGAGAAAGAGGAGGCAAAUGAAACACCGAAAGUGCCAACUACCUUAGAAGUGAAUCAUAUUGAAGCAGAGACAGAGGAGAACUUUAGCAAGGGAAUGGAGAUUGAGGUUAGUAGUGAUGAAGAAGGUUUUCAAGGUGCUUGGUUUGCAGCAACUAUUAUCGAAGCAGUGGGAAAGGAUAAGUACCUUAUUGAGUACAAAAACUUGAGAACAGAAGACGAUACUGAUUUUUUAAGAGAGGAGAUUGACAUUGCUCACUUAAGGCCCUGUCCACCAGAAAUCAUAAUGGUUAAUAGUUUUAAACUGCUGGAUGAAGUUGAUGCUUUAUACAAUGAUGGUUGGUGGGUGGGCGUUAUUUCUAAGGUUCUUGCUGACUGCAAGUACACAGUGUAUUUCAGAGACACCAGUGAGGAAAUGACGUUUCGACACUCUGAAUUAAGGCUGCAUCAUGAUUGGAUUGCUGGCGAAUGGAUCUUGCCUUCAUCGGCUAUGAAGCGGUGAUUGCUGAAGGAACUGCAAGGGAUUUGCUGUGAUCAUUUGCAGCAUUACUAUGUAGAUAUUAACAUCCGGCUCCUUGGCUCCCUGCCAUAUUCUGUGUUAAAAGUGGUGGAAGCUGAAUUUUCCCAGAUAUAUUACCUGACAAGUUGGAUAUCCUUGGCUGUUUGAUAGUAGUAUUCUAGUAUUAUACGUAUGUUUUUAGACUUAGAGCUCUCUACACGCAUCCUUGAACUGAUCCAUGCAUGAAAGGCAAGUUGAGUAUUUUUAGAUGCAUUGUUGUGCAACCUCAAGAUAAUGACCAUCUGAGGUCUAUUUGCCCUUCAGGGGAUUAUCAUAAACUUAUCUGUUCUUAUCGUCUUGCUUGUAACAUGUAUUGCUCUCGGAAAAACUAGCUCAUGAAUGCAUUUGGUUGGUUAACAGAAAA